CCGAGGAAAAUUUAAAAAUCUCCAUUUUCUUCACAUUUCGAGUCCUCUGUCGUUGGCUAAUUAUUCCAGCGAUCUAAACGCACCCUUCCCGAUUCUCUUCUUUUCCCAAACCCGCUCUCAAACUACGGCCGGAAAUUAUCGCCGCCGCAACCUUCUUCGAUCGCGGGAUAGCUGUGGCUCAGGUUUUUGACCGUUGAAGCUCGUGUUUUUCCUCUGAUCUACGUUUGAGUUGGAAUUUAUCUAACCAAGGUGUCCUCGAGACUUUAAAAAUUGGACAUCUGUUUGAAUUUGUUCAGGGUUUUGGAUAGCUCUGCUGAAAAGAUUUUUGUUAGCAAGUGUUCUUUUGUAUGAUUUACUAGAAAGGAUUGUAUCGCUUGUCAUUCAUGGCAUCAAGAUCCCGUGUGAACUUUUUAGACUUGGCUUCUGGAGACCUAUUGGAUGUUCCUCAUACCCCCAGAGUUCUUCCACGGGUCAUGACUGUACCAGGAAUCAUAUCUGAUUUGGAUGGUUAUGGCAGUAAUGAUGGGGAUUCUGAUGUUUGUGUUGAGAGGAAAAUUAUAGUGGCUAAUAUGCUACCUUUGCAUGCCAAAAGGGAUGCAGAAACAGACAAGUGGUGCUUCAGUUUGGAUGAGGAUUCACUUUUGUUACAAUUGAAGGAUGGUUUUUCUCCUGAAACAGAAGUACUUUAUGUGGGUUCCCUUAAGAUUGAAAUAGAUGCUAAUGAACAAGAAGAGGUUGCACAAAAACUGCUCGAGAAUUUCAAUUGUGUGCCUACAUUUCUACCACAAGACCUCCAGAAAAAGUUUUAUCUUGGGUUUUGUAAACAGCAACUAUGGCCUCUUUUUCAUUAUAUGCUACCCAUGUGCCCAGACCACGGUGAUCGUUUUGACCGCUUGCUCUGGCAGGCCUAUGUUUCCGCAAACAAAAUAUUUGCAGACAAGGUAAUGGAAAUAAUUAAUUUUGAGGAUGAUUCUGUUUGGGUUCAUGAUUAUCAUUUAAUGGUUCUUCCCACAUUUUUGAGGAAGCGGUAUAAUAGAGUCAAGCUUGGGUUCUUUCUGCACAGCCCAUUUCCAUCAUCAGAGAUAUACCGAACUUUGACAGUUCGAGAUGAGAUUUUGAGGGGACUGCUAAAUUGUGAUCUAAUUGGUUUCCAUACAUUUGAUUAUGCACGUCACUUCCUCUCAUGCUGCAGUAGAAUGUUGGGCCUGGACUAUGAAUCAAAACGGGGACACAUUGGACUAGAUUACUCUGGCCGCACAGUUUACAUUAAAAUUCUUCCUGUUGGUGUUCAUAUGGGUCGGCUAGAAUCUGUGCUUAAUCUUCCCUCGACAUCUUCCAAGAUUAAAGAAAUUCAAGAGCAGUUUAAGGGCAAAAAGGUGAUUAUUGGUAUUGAUGACAUGGAUAUAUUUAAAGGCAUCAGUCUGAAACUUCUAGCUAUGGAACAGCUAUUGCAGCAACGCCCAGAGCUGCAGGGAAAGAUCGUUCUGGUUCAGAUAGUGAAUCCUGCCAGGGGAUCUGGGAAAGAUGUCCUGGAAGCAAAGAGAGAGACCUACUUAACCGCUAAAAGGAUCAAUGAGGUGUAUGGUUCCCCUAAUUAUGAACCGGUUGUCAUUAUUGAUCGUCAUGUUCCUCGUUUUGAGAAGUCUGCCUAUUAUGCAGUAGCAGAAUGUUGCAUUGUGAAUGCUGUGAGGGAUGGUAUGAACUUGGUGCCUUACAAGUAUAUUGUUUGCAGACAGGGUACUGCUUGUAUGGAUGAAACUAUGGGUAUAAAAUCCGAUUCUCCUCGAACAAGCAUGCUUGUUGUGUCUGAGUUCAUAGGCUGUUCGCCUUCUUUAAGUGGAGCAAUCAGGGUUAAUCCUUGGGACAUUGAUGCUGUGGCUGAUGCCUUGGAAACGGCCAUCACCAUGCGUGGUUCUGAGCAGCAGAUGCGGCAUGAGAAACACUAUCGGUAUGUCAGUUCUCACGAUGUCGCUUACUGGGCCCGCAGCUUUAUGCAGGACUUGGAGAGAGCGUGCCGGGAUCAUUACAGUAAGCGAUGCUGGGGGGUUGGCUUGGGUCUGGGAUUUAGAGUUGUUUCUCUUUCUCCUGGAUUUAGGAAGUUGUCCAUUGAUCACAUUGUCUCGGCAUAUAAAAGAACCAACAGAAGAGCAAUAUUUCUGGACUAUGAUGGCACUGUUGUUCCACAUUCUUCUAUUAUUAAAUCCCCCAGCCCUGAAGUCAUUUCCGUUCUCAAUGUUCUGUGCAAGGAUCCCAAGAACACUGUAUUCAUUGUUAGUGGGAGAGGGCGGAGUUCUCUGAGUGAGUGGUUUGUUCCACUGGAGAAGCUGGGAAUAGCGGCCGAACAUGGAUACUUCCUGAGGUGGAAUCGAUCAUCUGAGUGGGAAACCAGUCCAGUGGCUGCUGAUCUCGAUUGGAAAAAUGUUGUGGAACCUGUGAUGCAAUUGUAUACAGAGGCAACUGAUGGCUCCAACAUAGAAAUUAAAGAGAGUGCUUUGGUAUGGCACCAUCAAGAUGCAGACCCUGACUUUGGAUCAUGCCAAGCAAAGGAGUUGUUGGAUCACCUGGAAAGUGUACUUUCUAAUGAACCAGCAGUUGUGAACAGGGGCCAGCAUAUUGUUGAAGUUAAGCCCCAGGGAGUAAGCAAAGGGUUAGUUGCAGAAAAGGUUCUAUUGAGAAUGUUUGAUGAUGGGACGCCACCAGAUUUUGUGAUGUGCAUUGGAGACGAUAGAUCCGAUGAAGACAUGUUUGAGAGCAUAUUAAGCACAGUCUCUAGUCCAUCCUUGCAUACGGCUCCUGAGAUCUAUGCUUGCACUGUUGGCCGAAAACCAAGCAAGGCUAAGUAUUAUCUUGAUGAUGCUGCCGAUGUUGUGAAGUUGCUUCAAGGACUGGCUACUGCUUCAAGUCCAAAGCCUAGGCAUCUUGCCCAUAUCCAGGUUUCUUUUGAGAGUACUGUUUAAGUUAAAGCCGAGUGACUGGCACAGAUAUGCAAGUUCCAUAUACAUGAUCUAUUUUUUUGGCUCCGAGGGAUCUCAUCUAUGACCGGGAAAAAAAGAAAGAAAGAAGUUUUUGGUAUACUUAAUCUGUCUGACACGAUAGCAGGACGUUGUGGGAUGCAAUUCUGAUCCUUCAUGAUGUCCCAAAGGCGUUUUUCACUUUGCUAGAAGUUCAUUUGGUGGGCUUGUGAGGAUCAUGGAGAACUUGAUGGUAAUUUGUCGUUGUAUAUGGUGACAUCAAUCUUGUAUCUCUGCCUGUUGCCCUCGGGAUUAUAUUUCCAGAUGUCUAUAAUGGCUGUUUGCAAUUGAUCGGGCACCAUUACAUGUAUAGGAGGUACACUGCCUUUGUCACAAUCAAUACAUGAACUCAAUUGGAUCUGA